CUUUCGCCAUCAUGACGGAAGCAAAGUCAAAUAAUACACAAGACAGGAAGUUUACAUUUCAUGCACAUGUUUGUAAUUAGUAUUUACAUUCCAUUGAUUGUAAAUCUUACAAUCGUGAAAGCUAUCGCUUUUGAGGAAAUUUCCUUUAAACGGGGAAAUUGCCAGAUUUUUUGUGAGCGAUUUGGGGAAUCCUACUUUUGGGGGAAAUUUUUGUGGAGUUUAAUUUUUGGGGGAAUUUAAUUUUUUGAAUAUAUUUUAGGGGAAUUUUUGAAUGCUAGUCCUACAGGAAGAAACUGAUGUCUCAUCUGUUUUUGCCUUGCUUCGCAUGCUUGAAAUUUUGAAUACAUGCGACACACAUUUUGUCAUUUGCGACUUGCGAGCAUUGAUGUAUGUACUCACGACUUACAAGUCAGGGACAAAAAUUGAUUCGCGUUCAAAUUUCCGAAAAAUUCAGUUCUCAUAAUACGUAGAGUAUAAAUAAAACACUCAUAAGGGAGCACAAACUGAUGAGGUAUUUACAAUCUUACUCGUCGAACAAUUUUUGAUCAACGUUAUUUUGAUUCCGUUUGUUAACACGCCUAGUUGACAAAAACUUGAUAUGGUGAAGCACAACAUAGCCACAACUUGUUCUGAAUAACCGUGAAGAAGCAGAAGACGUAUUGUGACAACUUCAUUGUACUUUUUACGAGUAUAUUUCAGUAAACAACAAUAGUGAAGUGUAAUACCAACUGUUGAUAUUUCAGUUCACUUACUACAAUGUAGCAACGUUAUUUUGUCUGAGGAAUUUUACAGAAACCUGGGAAAAUUUUCGAUUCUUUUCAACCUGUAUAGGAUUGCAUUUUUCAAAUGCAUUUAUUAUUAGUUAGUCAAUUCUCACUUUGUCGCUCUUGAGUCAUUCAAACUUGUAAGACAUAAAGAUCCUUCGAAUAUAUUCAUUGAUUAUCAUGAAGAAAUCACACAGGCAACCCGACUCUGACCUCUAGAUUGUAGAUUAGAUCUGGAGUGGUUGCAGUCUUGCACUGGCGAUUGCAGACAGAUCAGUAAUGGCGGGAAAAUAUAAAAAUUAUAAAUCACUUUCUUCAAGUGCAUCCAAGUACAACAACUAUUUUAGCAUUUCUAUAGACUAUGGUUUGAUAGAAAUCUUCAGUUUGAUUGCAUUCUUCGAAAAGUUAGAAAUAAUUUGACGAAAUGAGUGCCCCAGGAUCGUCGAAAAGUACUAAUGCAGAAGCAUGUUCUUUGAGUACUUCUUCAACAUGGUCGGACGAAGAAGGAAGACAAUCUAGUGACAAAAAUAUUGAAUUUGACGAAACAGGUUCAUCUGCUCCUAUGAUGAAAAAUAAUGUUAGCCACAAACGGUCUGUGCUGUUUGAUUCGGACGAAGACAUUGAUGAGAUAGUUAUGAGUGCCAUUCUUUGUGGAGGAAAACUUGGAAGUGCUUACUAUAAUGCUGGUACUGCACAGCUCUUUAUGCAAAUGGAUGUCUUGGAAACGCAGGAUUUUCAAUUUUUAAAACGAUUAAUUCACCAGGUGAACCCAACAACAGUUUUAACAAGUUCAAAUCAGGAUGAAAAAUUUAUCAAAAUAUUGCAGUGUAAAGGAGAUGAGAAUAAUGAAGAUAUGACAGACAGUAACAUUGAUAUAAACAUUCUUCCUACCAUUGACUUUACUUUAGAAGUCUGUAAGAGACGGAUUUUGGCAUUGACUGGAUUACCUGGAAUGUCAAAAGAUUUUACUGAUGAAGAACGAAUCAUGUAUCUUGGAUCAAUUGUUCCUUUUGACAACAUCAAUAUGAUAAAAGCUAUGGGAGCUUUAAUGAAGUACAUUGAAAAGAAGAGAAUUGGUGUUGAAUUGGAAGAUUUGGAAACAAGAGUACCAAUACUGGAAUUAAAAACAUAUUCAUUGGCUGAUGCUUUGAUUAUUGAUGAAAAUACUUACAGUGCAUUGCAAAUAUUUCAAAAGGAAUCUCAUCCAUCAGCGUAUAAAUGUGGAUCUGGAGCAAAGGAAGGUCUUUCUCUGUUUGGCAUGAUGAACUUGACUAAAUCAAAGAUAGGAAGUCGUUUGUUGAGGGCAUGGUUUUGCCAACCAACAACUAAUCUAAUUAUUUUGAAAGAAAGACAAAAAGCAAUAGCUUUUUUCCAAUCGCCCCAAAACGUUGAAAACACGAUUGCAAUUCAAGAGUGUUUAAAACACAUUAAAUGUAUAACAAGAGUAUUGAUUAAAAUGUCGUCAUCUCAUGUAUCAAUUGGUGACUGGCAAUCACUUUAUAAGACAGUGUACAACGCCAUCUACAUUGCAAAUAUAUGUUCAACUAUAUCGGAUGUUGAAAUUGCACAAAAGAUUUCUCGUAAUUUCACCGAAGAUCUCCAGAGAAUUGCAUCUUUGAUUGAUAAAAUAGUUGAUUUUGAGGAUUCGACGCAACAAAAAAGAUUUAUCGUAAAUCCUGGAGUUGAUGAACAUUUGGAUGAAAAGAAACGUACUUAUAAUGGUUUACCUGACUUCAUGACCAAGGUUGCUCAAGAAGAACUUAGUAAACUAGAUGAGUCAAUCACUGAGUGUAAUAUUCUCUAUUUACCACAGCUAGGUUAUCUACUGGCUAUCCCCAGAACUGAAGAGAUGAUGGAGGAAAAAGACUUUGAGAUUGAAGGAUUAGAGUUCGUAUUUUUCUCUGACAAUACUAUCCAUUAUAAAAGUGCAAAUACGAGAGAAUUGGAUCGACUUCUUGGUGAUACACUCUGUGAAAUAACAGAUCAUGAAACGGCCAUUAUGCACCGAUUACAAAAUAUUGUUCUGGAGCACACAGAUUUGUUGCUUAAAGUAAUGGAAUAUGCAGCUGAACUAGACUGUUUGAUUGCUCUUUCUGUUCAUGCCAAAGAAAAUAAUUACGUUUGUCCUGAGAUAACUGUAGAAAAUAUCUUGACCAUAAAAGGAGGAAGACAUCCGUUGCAAGAAAUGUAUGUUACUCCUUUUGUUGCAAAUGAUACGUACAUGGAAAAGGAAAAUUCAAGAAUGAAAAUACUCACAGGACCAAAUGCUAGUGGAAAGAGUGUCUAUCUUAAACAGGUUGGUUUGAUCGUCUUUUUGGCGCAUAUUGGAAGUUACGUUCCUGCUGAGUCAGCAACUAUUGGAACCACUGACCGUAUGUUUACCAGGAUUCAUACACGAGAGACCGUCUCAGUUGGUCUUUCGACAUUCAUGAUUGAUUUAAAUCAGGUUGCAGUUGCUAUUCGUUAUGCAAGCAGAAAAUCUCUUGUUCUUAUUGAUGAAUUUGGCAAAGGAACAGCUACGGUAGAUGGUCUAUCAUUACUGACAGCUUGUUUGAAUCAUUGGUUGUCUUCACAAAGUCAACAUUGCCCUAAGGUCCUAGUGUCCACACAUUUUCACAGUAUUAUUCAGCAGAAACUAUUGCCCCUUACGCCUCUUGUUGAUUUUCAAACAAUGGAAACAAUGGAAAAUGGUGAUGAAUUAGUAUUUCUCUAUCAACUUGUUGACGGAUACACAAAGACAAGUUACGCUUGUCAUAUUGCUACAUUAGCUGGGUUACCUAAACAUCUUGUAAAGCGAAGUUAUGAGAUUCUUGACCUGCUUCGAAACAAUAAAGCAAUAGAGAGAAUUCAUAGUCAGGAAAAUGAUGAAGAAAGAAAAAGUAACCAUGAAAUCGUUGAUUCAUUUCUGGCGUUAGAUUUGGAAAAUUGUGAUAUCAUAUCGUUUUUAAAAUCCAUCAUUCCAUCUGAUGACGAUGUAAAUAUGAAAUAAGUUAAAUUGUUUAUUUUAUUUUUGCUACAUGGUGUUUAUAUGUUGACAGCGACAUUUACAGUUAAACUUGUUGUUUAAAACUACGUCUCCAUUGUAUUCCUCUCCUACGAUGUUAACCUUAUUACACUUGGUUUUAGGAAGAGUUUUUAACAGACGAGCGUUAAUUGAGCUUUUGUACGUCUUUAACAGGAAAUAAAAUUACAAAUUGUACAAAGUUA